ACGCUGACAUCACUGCAGCCAUCAGUGCAAGGACAGCUUCAUCAGCCUGCCUGGGAGGGAGGCGGCGAAGGAGGAGGGCUGGUCCCCAGCUCUUCCUGUGACCACUGACGCCGAUUCCUCUGCAGGGGGAGAGGAGAAAACACACAACCCAACCCAACAACCCCACCCCGGCAGCAGCGUCCCCUGCCCGGUUGCCUUUGCCUGCUUGCACCGGGGCCCCACCGUUCCUGCAUGACUGUCACCAAGAUGUCAUGGCGUCCGCAGUAUCGCAGUUCAAAGUUUCGAAAUGUCUAUGGGAAAGUGGCAAACCGAGAGCACUGCUUUGAUGGGAUUCCAAUUACCAAGAAUGUUCAUGACAACCACUUCUGUGCUGUUAAUGCCAAGUUCCUCGCCAUAGUAACGGAGAGUGCUGGCGGAGGGUCCUUUCUUGUCAUUCCACUGGAACAAACCGGUCGGAUCGAACCAAACUACCCAAAAGUCUGCGGUCACCAGGGCAACGUGCUUGACAUCAAGUGGAAUCCUUUUAUUGAAAACAUCAUAGCUUCUUGCUCAGAAGACACCUCGGAGAGCUCCUCCUUCCCCAACCUAACAGAUUCUGCCAGCACAGGGAGGGUCCUGAGCCAAAGGCAGACCACUCUGCCCCUCCCGUAA